AUGGCGUCGACGGUGGACGCGCCGCCGUACACGUUCGUGGCGAAGACCGCGAGGGUGUCGUGGGACUCCGUCCUCGACUUCGACGCGACGCCGUUCACCAACGGCACGGACGUCUCGCCCAGGGAUUUAAACGCGCUGGAUAACUUGGCGCGACGCCUGGAGGAAGCGAAGAUCGAGCCGCAGACGGGCGUCGAGGCCGCGAACGCGGCGGUGAACCUCGCCAAGCUCGCGAGCAUCCUGCAGCUCUCGAGCGAGUACCAGGCGAUGCGCGCGGAGGCGCGUCGGACGCUCCCAGACCUCCAAGCCGCGGUCGCGAAGAAGGACGAGGAGCUCGACAUGAUGGACGAGCAGAUGGAGGUGAUGGAGCAGCGCGGCGGCCGCUCCGACCCGCGUCUCGAGGCGGAGAACGAGGAGCUGAAGAUUCGCGCCGAGCAAGCGGAGCGACGCCUCGCGGAACAACGCGACGAGCUCGCGGUGACGCAAGAGCAGCUCGACCGCGCGAAGCGCGACGUGCGAGACGAGAAGUCCAAGACGGAGGUGGCGCUCCAAAAGGCGAAGCACGCGGAGGACGACGUGAAGGAGCUCGUGGAGCAGAUCGCCGCGGAGAGACAGAAAAACGUUCGCGCCGCGAAGGACGACAGCCUCGCGGGCUCGCGCCUCCAACAGAGGAACCAAGACGUCGCGCGGUACCAGAAGGAGAACAAGCUCCUCGCGGACGAGAACGAUAGGAUGAACAUGCGGAUCGAGGACCUCAUGGCUGAGUGCGUGGAGAUGAGCGAGACGAUCGUGAAGCUCGACGACGCCGCGCAGGCGUGGCGAGGGCGAGAGGCGGACGUCGAAGCCGCCGCCGACGGCUUGCGACGCGAACGCGAUAAGCUCGCCGCGCAGCUCGAGACGACCAAGAUGGACCUCGAAGAGCGCACGCACCUGCUGCAGGAUCUGGAGAUCAAGUUCAAGGAGGAGUACGAGCGGUUCGAGCGCGAGAAGGAGGAUCUGAUGAUCGACGCGAAGCGCGCGAGGCACGGCGAGGGCGUCGACGGCGCGCGCGGGUUCGACGCCGGCUCCGGCCGAUCCGAUCUCGUCUCGCCGCGACGCCGGAUGCAGAUCACGCGCGACCCUCGACGCCCCGCGAACCCGGACGACCCGCGGUACGUGGAAGACCUCGAGGCUGAGGUCGCGGAGCUGCGCGAUCUGCGCGUGUUGCUCCUCGAGGCGUACGACCAGCUGGAACACGACGUCGGACGCGAGAUCGACAUCGCGUUGAAGCGGCAACGACGCCAGCACGACGCGCUGCACGAUAAGCUCGCCGCGCAGGACGAAGCGCUGGACAUCGAGACGAAGCGGUUCCGAAGCAUCGACAAGGAGCUGACGCACGCGCAGGAGGACCUCGCGGAGGCGAACGAGCGGUGCAAGAAGUACGAGGCUGGGGUGUACGGCUUAUCGGACGCGAUGCGAGACUUGAAACAGACGCGGCUUCGCGUGCGCGCGGCGGACGCGCAGGUGGAGGACGCCGUCGCGCUGUCGAAUCAGCUCGGACGGAAGGUGGAGGACCUCAUCGAAGAGACGCGGUACUUGCGCCAGAAGGCUGGCAUCCCCGAGGACGCGACGUUGGACCUCGGCGGGUUCAAGCUCAAGUCCCAGGUUGAGUCGGCGCAGAUGCGCGCGCUCAACGCGCAGCUCGAACGCGAGGUCGCGGACCUCGAGGAAGACCGCCGGCGCCUGCGGAACGAGCUUCGGUACCGAGCGAAGUGGCAGGGCGAGCACGCCGCGCGUCUCGGCCUCUCCGCGCGGCAGCUCGGGAUGCUCGAAGAGUACGCAGACGCGUUGCGAUACGGCGACGACGCGCUCUUCAACGACGCCGACGACGCGGGGAGUCAUCCGGGCUUCCGGGCGUCGCAGGGCAUCGGCGCGCGCGCGAUUCGCGAGCUCGAGGACGCGAACAAGACGCUGCAGCAGCGCCUCGCGGAGGCGCUGGACCGCCUGCAGAGAGGCGAGACGGGCGCGGGCGGCAUCUCGAUGCCGCUCAUCGCCGCCGGGUCGUACGGCGGCGGCGACCACUCACAAGUCGCGGAGCUGCAGUCGCAGCUCGCGCGCGCGCGCGCGGAGAUUGUUCGACUCGAGGACGGAUACAACGUCGCGAUGAUGCGCAGCAGCGUGCAGGGCGCGCUCGUCGGAUCGGGCGGCGGAGGAGGAGUCGCGUCCGUCGCGGCGUCGCCCGCGGCGGCGGCGCGCGCGCCGGAUUCGCCGCCGAGAGGCGCGGCGACCGCCGCCGCCGCCGCCGCCGCCGCCGCGCCGGGCGCCGCCGUCGACGCGUCCGCGUACGCGGAAGCGCUCGAGACGAUCGACCGCCUGCGCGGCGAGAGGAACGCGCUGCACGCGCGAGCCCGGUCGCUGCAGAGCAUGAUCGACGCCGCGCCCGCCACGAUGGGCGUCGGCGCCUCCGGCGUCGUCGCCGGCGUCGGCGGCGCGGACUACGGCGCGUCGACGGACGUGCAAAAGAUGCGCGAGGAGUGCGUCGCCGCCGACCGCGCGCUCGCGGGCGUCGUCGCCGAGCUCCAGACGAAGGAGCGCGAGCUCGACGAGCUCGCGCACGAGACGGCCAAGUACAAGACGGGCAUCGCGGAGCUCCAGGCUGUUCGCACGGCGUUGUACCGCGAGCACGUGCGCGCGAGAAACGCGUGGAGCGAAGAGCGCAAGACGCUGCUCGAGCGCGCCAAGCGCGCCGAGACGGAGGCGGAGGCGAACCGCAUCGAGGCCAAGGACGCGACCGCGCUGUGCGAGCGCCUGAAGCCCGGCGCGGAGAGCGGUCUGAAGGAGGCGCUCUCCGCCGCGCACUCUCGCCUCGCCGUGCUGCAAGUCCGCGAGGUGCGCCUCUCGAGAGCGGUCGAGGCGGCCACCUCGGCGGAGGCCUCUUUCCGCGCGGAGAAGGAGGAGCUCGAGAUCGACGUCCAAGAGAUGUCGAGAGCGUGCCAAGAGCGCCUCGCGUUCCACGAGCGCCGCGCCGCGGAGGCGGAGCUGCGCGCCGCGCGGUGCCAACGCGAGCUCGACCUGUGCGUCCCGCGGCCCGAGCACGCGGCUGUCGUCGACGCGAACCGCGCGCUGCAGGUGCGCUUCAAGGAGCUCCUCGAGACGCGCGUCAAGAGCGCCGUGUCCUCCGCGCAGCUCAAGGCGGCGCAGGAGGACGCGGUGACCGCGCGCGCGCAGGCGGACGCCGCGAGCGCGGCCAACGCGGCUGCGCAGAAUCGCGUCCGCGAGCUCUCCGCCGCGCUCGACGACGCCGCGGACCGCGCGGGGCGCGAAGGCCUCGCCGCGUCCGCGGUGGAGCUCCGACGCGAGGUGGCGGAGACGCGCGCGGAGCUCGAGGCGUCGAAGCGCCUCGCGGACCUCGCGAAGCGCGAGUCGGAGCGGCUGACGGAGUCCAAGGCGGACCUCGAGAGCGCCGUCCUCGGGCUCGAGCACCAGGCGCGUUCUAUACAACACUGGUCCCCAUACGACCGCGUUGGCGUGCUCGCGGAGGCCAAGGCGCGCGUGCACGAGGCGCAAGAGGCGGAGCGAAAACACCUGUCGCAGCUCGCCGUCGCCGUGAGCGAGGACAAGCACCGCGCGGAGAUGGAAGCGGUCGCCGCCGCGGAGGACGAGGCGGCGCGUCUGCGCGCGGAGGUUGUGCGCGCGGAGGAUCGCGCCGCGCGCGCUGAGACGGAGCUGGGACGGAAAAACGCCGCGCACGCCGCGCGAGACGCGGAGCUUCUGCAGCUUCGCUCCGCGGUGCGAGACAUGGAGCGGCGGUCCGACGCCGCCGCCGCGCUCGCGCGCGCGAACGAGGACGUCGUCCGGCUCAAGGGCGGGAACGCGCAGCUCAAGCACCAGGUGCAGGUGGCUGAGGCGGAGGCGGAUCGGCUCCACGGCGACUGCCUGCGUUUACACCGCCGCGCGCAAGUGCAGGAGAAUCGCCUCUACGGCUUACGCGAGGACUCGAGAGGGCUCAUGCAAGCGCAGGAGGCUGCGCUCGCGAGGCUCGAGACCGCGGUCGCGGGGAGGGUCGACUUGUCCGAGGCGGAGAAGUGGGAGCGCGCGAUUUUGGACCUCCGCAAGGGUGCGGAGCGACGCGAGGAGUUGCUGCGACGCGCGCAAGAGACGCUUCGCGGCGCCGCCGAGCGCGCGCGCGCCGCCGAGCUCGAGCUCGCGUCGCUCAAGAAUAUCGAUCGCGUCGCGAGAGAACACGACGGCGGGUCUCCCGACGCGGCGAUGCGCGAAAUUCGCAAGCUGUCCGACGAGCUCAUGCGCGCGAAGCUCGCCGCGGCGAGGGCGGAGCGCGCGGCGAAGCAGGCGAACGAUCGCGCGGAAUACCUCGAGACGAGGGAGCGGGAACGCGAGCUGGAGACGCGUCAGAUGGAAGAGCGCGCGCUCAUCGACAAGAGAGCGGACGCGGACCGCGCGGAGGAAUUCUCGAGGAAGGUUCGAGAGCUCCAGCGCGAGAUUCUCACCGCGCGGAACGUCGGCGUCGGCGACGCGAAGAAGGACGGCGCGAACGCGAGCGCGACGGCGACGGGCGCCGCCGACGCCGACGACGCCGACGCGGUGCUCGCCGCGCCGCUGCCGCGUCGCCGCGCGAACGCGGAGGCGCUCGCCGCCGUCGGCGCCGCCGCCGCGGUCGGCCUCCAACCGGGCGCGACGUCCAUGGAGACCCAGCGCAUGGUCCUGCGACAGAUCGAGGCGAUUCGCGCGCUGAAACUCCGCGCGACGGAGGCGGAGGCGAAGUGCGCGAGGGCGACGGAGGAAGCGCGCGCCGCCGCCGCCGCGGUUCAGAACGCGGAGAACGAGCGCGACGCGGUGCAGCGGCGCCUCGACGCGACGAUCGCGGCUGGGACCGGCGCGGACGGAGAGCACGGGACCGGCGCUACCGGCGACGACUCCGCGGUCGCGCAGGUCACCGCGGUGGCGCAGGCGACCAUCGCGCGGCUGCAAGAGCUCGUCGGGGAGAAAAACGCCGCGUUGACGCGCGCGCAGGCGGCGAUGUCGGACCUCCGCGCGGACGCGCUCUCGAAGCAGGACGAGGACCGGCGGACGAUCGAGAAGCUGAACGACCUGCUGUUCAAGCAGGACCAGCACAAGAUCGACGCGAUGAAGGAGCAGCUCGAGUACGGCGGCGUCCUCGGCGGCGGCGGCGGCGGCGGCGGCGGCGGCGGGAGGACGCCUUCCAAAUCCGGCGCCGGCGGCGGGCGCGGCAAGUUCGCGGACAAGUCCCACGAGCAGCUCCUCGCGCUCCUGUCCGAGCGCGAGCAAGCGAUCGAGGUGCUCACGCAGCGGUUCGAGCAGCAGCGCGCGAGGCACGAGGUGUCCGAGGCGCGCUUGCUGGCGCGCGCGCAGCAGAAGGAGGGCGAGAUGGACAGAGUCGUCGCGGAGAUUGACCGCGAGCGCGCGCGCGGGCCGUCACGCGUCCUCGAGACGCUCGUCGCGCGUCUCAAGACGCAGCUCGCGCAGAAGGACAAGAGGCUCGCGCAGCUCAAGGAGGCGAUCCGCGAGCUCGAGAAGAAGCUCGUGGAGGCGAUGCAGAAGCAGGCGGACGGGUCGAUCGCGCGCGCGGAUCAGCGGAUGACGGAGGUUGAUCAGUUCAAAGCCGAAGGCGCGGACAAGCGCGCGUCGACGCUCGCGGCGCAGCUCAAGCGCGCGCGCGAGGAGCUCGCGACCGCGAAGGAGCGCGAAGCGCUGUGGGCCGAAGAGCGCGCGCGGUUGGCCGCGGAGGCUCGCGCGGCGCGCGAGACGGCCGCGAAGGCGGCGCGCGAGGCUGCCGUCGCGCGCUCCGCGGCGGAGCGCACGAGGGCGCAGUCGUCGUCGCGCGCUGCCGCGGUCGCGGUCGCCGACCGCGCCGCCGACCGUCGCGACGACGACGGCGUCGACGGCGAGGUCAUCGAGCGGCUGUCGCGGCAGACCGCGGACGCGGCGGCGAACGCGGCGGCGGAGCGCGAGCGCGCGGAGGAGCUCGAGAAGCGCGUCGCGGUGCUCAAGACGCAAAACGAAAAGCUCAACAAGCUGCUGCGCGCGGAGCGCGAGGAGUCCGUCGCGAUCAGGAGCGGGCGGCCCGCGGAACGGUCCUCGGUCUCGGUCUCCGCGGCGACGCGCGGGGAGAACGAGCCGCCGAGCGGCGGCGCGAAGGAGUCCGCGGAGGAGACGCGGCGGCGCGAGGAGACGCUGGCGCGCUGGGAGGAGGGGGUGAAGCUUCGAAAAAAGGCCGAGUCGCUCGCGAAGAAGCUCGCGACGCGGACGCGCGAGGCGGAGGAAGCGGACAAACUCGCGAACAAACGCCUGGAUUUACUCAACGAGCUCGCGAAAGAGAAGACCGCGCUGCAAUCGCGCGCGGCGAAGCUCGCGGAGGACGUCAAGAGAGGCGCCGGCGGCGGCCCCGACGCCGCCGCCGCGAAGGAGCUCGCGGAUGAAAACGAGGCGUUGCACCGCGAGAUCGCGUCGCUGCAGCGCGUCGUCGAGGUCGACCAAGCCGCGGAGAUCGCCAAGCUGAAGCGCCGCCUCGCGGAUACCCCCGCGCCCGCCGCCGCGGCGACGACGACGACGACGGGGCGCGGCGUCACCGGGGACGAGCUCGACGCCACGGCGCGCGCCGCCGCCGAGCAGAGAGUCCGGACGCUCGAGGGCGAGCUCCUCGCGAAGGACGACGCCGCGCUCGGUCUGCGCUUCGAGGCGGAGCAGUCGCACGCGCGCGCGGAGCGUCUGCAGCGGCGUCUCGACAGGCUCUUCCGCGGCGAGCGCGAGCGCGACGGCGGCGACGGCGCGUCCGGCGUCGCCGCGGCGACGCGACGCGCGCGCGAGCUCGAGGACGUCGUGGAGGCUUUGAAAAAAGUCGUCGAGAAGCAGCAGUCGGAGAUCGCCGCCGUGCGCGGGCAGGCUGCCGCGAAAGAGCGCGGGAUCGAGCACGCGCGCGCGGCGAAGGAGCUCCGCGCGAAGGUGCGAGACUUGGAGCAGGAGAUGGUGGGGCUGAGGCAGCUCGAGAAGACGCACAAGGAGACGACGCAACGCGCGCGGCGGCUGCAGGCGCAAAACGAGCAGUUCCGCGCGCGGCUGCAGAGCGGCGCGGACGCGGAGAUGCUCGCCGCCGCGCGCGAGGACGCGGCGUCGACCGCGCUUCGUCUCGCGGAGACACGAGAUCUUCUCGUCGUCGCGCAGAGGGACGCGGCGGCGGCGAGGCAGGACGCGCUGGAAGCGAUGGACGCCGCCGUGCGCGGCGGCGGCGGCGGCGGCGGCGACGCGGCGGCGGAGAUCGCCGCGCUUCGCGCGGAGAACGCGGACCUCAAGGUGGAGCUCGACGCGCUGGACCCCGCGUUCUUCGACGAGGUGAUGGAGAUGAAGCGCGCGUACCACGAGCAGAGCAGGACGCUCGAUCGGUACGAAGCCACGCUCGCGGACUACGCGGAGAGGCUGGGGGUUUCGUUCACCCCGGCGCGACGCGCGAGCGGGGAACGAUAG